UUUACUAACUUAACUCACACAGUGUCUUGUCUUACUCGACCGACUUACUCAGUUACUGUGAAGUCAAGUGAAGUGUAAAAGUAAAAAAAGUUGGCUAAGAAGUUUAGAAGAGACUUGAAGAGUUAAGAGAAGAGUCUAACUCUAAAAAAUUAUAGUAAAUAGUGUAAAAUCUAAAAGGAAAAAAAAUUGUAGCUGCUACUGUAAAGGUUAAAUUAUUAUUCAGCAAUUUUUAUUUGUACAGUAUCAGAGAGCAAUGGGGAAAAACAAAAAGAAAGAAAUACUUGGCCUCUCUAAAGAAGAGUUGAUGAUCAAGACUGUAACAGAAAUUGUCAAUGAGCUGAUCAUAGCAGACAGGGAAAAGAGGGAUGUUGAUCUUAACAAGCUAAAGACCAAAAUAGCAAGUAAAUAUAACAUGUCCAGCCAGCCUCGUCUGGUGGACAUCAUAGCAGCAGUACCACAAGAAUACAAGAAGAUUCUUCUUCCCAAAUUGAAAGCAAAGCCUGUGCGAACUGCUAGUGGAAUUGCUGUUGUUGCAGUCAUGUGUAAGCCACACAGGUGUCCACACAUUGCUAUGACAGGGAACAUUUGUGUUUAUUGUCCUGGUGGUCCCGAUUCUGAUUUUGAAUACUCAACACAGUCAUACACUGGCUAUGAGCCCACAUCUAUGAGAGCAAUUAGAGCCAGAUACAACCCUUAUUUACAAACAAGACACAGAGUGGAACAGCUUCAACAACUUGGACACAGUGUGGACAAAGUAGAGUUUAUUGUGAUGGGUGGGACAUUCAUGAGCUUACCUGAUGACUACAGGGACUACUUCAUCAGAAAUCUGCAUGAUGCACUGAGUGGACAUACAAGCUCCAGUGUUCAAGAAGCUGUCAAAUACUCAGAGAAGAGUACAACAAAAUGCAUUGGAAUAACUAUAGAAACAAGACCAGAUUACUGCCUGAAAAAACAUUUAAGUGACAUGUUGAGAUAUGGCUGUACAAGGCUGGAGAUAGGUGUCCAGAGUGUUUACGAAGAUGUAGCCAGAGACACUAACAGGGGACACACAGUGAAAGCAGUGUGUGAGUCAUUUCAAAUGUCCAAAGAUGCUGGGUUUAAAGUUGUUUCUCAUAUGAUGCCAGAUCUUCCUAAUGUGGGCUGGGAGAGAGAUAUUGAACAAUUUAUUGAAUUUUUUGAAAAUCCAGCAUUCCGUGCAGAUGGUCUGAAAAUAUAUCCCACACUUGUUAUCAGAGGCACAGGUCUAUAUGAAUUAUGGAAAACUGGUCGUUAUAGAAGUUACCCACCAAGCCAGCUUGUCGAUCUGAUUGCAAGAAUACUAGCACUGGUUCCACCCUGGACUAGAGUUUACAGAGUUCAAAGAGAUAUUCCAAUGCCUUUAGUAACCAGUGGUGUGGAGCAUGGUAAUCUGCGUGAACUUGCUUUAGCCAGAAUGAACGACUUGGGAACACAGUGUAGGGAUAUCAGAACAAGAGAGGUUGGCAUUCAAGAAAUUCACAACAAACUCAAGCCAGACCAGGCAGAGUUGAUAAGAAGAGAUUAUGUUGCGAAUGGAGGCUGGGAAACUUUCCUCUCAUAUGAAGACCCUGAACAAGAUAUCCUCAUUGGUCUUCUUAGAUUGCGUAAAUGCUCAUCAGACACAUUUAGGCCGGAGCUCAAGGGAGGCUGUUCAAUUGUACGGGAACUUCAUGUAUACGGCAGUGUAGUGCCAGUUCAUACAAGAGACCCACGCAAAUUUCAACAUCAGGGAUUUGGAAUGCUUUUGAUGGAGGAAGCCGAAAAAAUAGCUUUAGAGGAACAUGGCUCCAGAAAAAUUGCAGUUAUAUCAGGAGUUGGAACAAGAAAUUACUAUAGAAAAAUUGGCUAUGAACUUGAAGGACCUUACAUGACAAAAUUACUUAAAUAAUGUAAAAUAAUCCAACUUCAAAUAAAAUCUUGCUGCAAAUA